AACCUCACCUCAGGAUUCCUUCUCCAUGCCCUCCUACUUCUACUGUCACCUUGAAGGAGAUUCCAGAACUGGGAGACAGAAAAGUGGAUGUGUUGGUGCCAUCCAGGUUUGUCAGUAAUUUUUACGACUUAAAGUGCAACUCAAGUCCGAAUCCAGCCGACUAAAAGUCACAAGGACACUACUGUAACCCGACUCUUUAUCAUCAAACUCAUGAAACCUCAAGAGCAGGUGACAGACCUGUCAUACUAAUGGGCCUGUUCAGAAGCUCUCAGACAAUGAGAAAGGUGUGGCUGGCUGUGGUGGUUCUUCUGAUACACUUCACUUCACUGAGAGGAUCUAUGGGCCUGGAUGGAAGAUGCCUGUCUAAGCCCACCUGCACUGAGUGUCUGAGAAGCCUUGGCUGUGCCUGGUGUAAACAGAAGGAUUUCCUGGCGCAAGGGGAGCCAGACGAGCGUCGCUGUGACAGGGAGGAGGCACUGAGGAAGAGACACUGCUCUGACGGACAGGUCCUGAACCCCCAGCCUGCAAUACGGAGCAGGGCAGAGGAGCCAAUGGGGAGCGGGGUCCAGCUAGAGCCACAGAACCUCCACCUUAAGCUAAGAGUCGGCAUGCCCCAGUCAUUUGAGGUGAGGUUCAGGCGUGCAGAGGUUUAUCCCAUAGACCUGUACUACCUGAUGGACCUGUCUUUCUCCAUGAAAGAUGACCUGAAGAACAUUAGGAACCUGGGACGGGAGGUGGCCACUGCCAUGAAGAACAUCACCAGUGCUGUCAGGAUAGGCUUUGGUUCCUUUGUGGAUAAGGUGGAGGAACCCUACGUCAGUACAGUGGAGGCCAAACUGGCCAACCCAUGCAAUGAGGGGUACAAGAGCCCCUGCCAGCCUGCCUUCAGCUUCAAACAUGUACUGAAGCUCACUGAGGACGUUGAAGAGUUUGAGAGAAAGGUGAGCAAGCAGAGCAUCUCCAGUAACCUAGACAACCCAGAGUCAGGCUUUGACGCCAUCAUGCAGGUGGCUGUCUGUCAGGAUGACAUUGGCUGGGGUAAUGCAACUCGUAUCCUGGUCUACACCUCAGACGAUACCUUCCACCUGGCAGGUGAUGGGAAGCUUGCUGGGAUCUACCAACCUAACGACGGGAAAUGCCACCUGAAUAGCAAUGGGCUCUAUAAUAAGGACACUGUUUAUGACUAUCCCUCAGUUGGACACCUAUCUCAGGUCAUAUCAGCCAAUAACAUCAGGCUGAUCUUUGCAGUGACAGACCAGCAUAUUCAAAACUAUGAGGCACUCAGUGAGAUGAUCCCCCAGUCGGUGGUGGGCCUCCUGGAGGAUGACUCCAGCAACGUUGUUCAGCUCAUCUCUGAGGCCUGCAACAACCUAUCGUCCUCCAUCCUCCUGGAGCACCAUGACGUCCCACCAGGCCUGGGGGUCUCCUACAGCUCCCACUGUGGUGAUGACAGGCUAGCUCAGGGGCAGGACAGAGGGGAGUGCAGUGAUGUUAGAACCAAUCAACAGGUCAAUUUCACAGUUACUGUGACCAGCUCGAGCUGUCUGUCCAAGACAGAGUCUUUCAUCAUCAAAGUGCAGGGUAUCAAUGAAGAACUGAGGGUUACCGUGGAGACGCUGUGUGACUGUGACUGUCAGGACUCUGAGGAACAGUCAUCCCAGUGUCAUGGCAAUGGAACAUUCCACUGUGGUAUUUGUAGCUGUGAUUCAGGACACACAGGCCAGCGUUGUGAGUGUGAAACACAGCCGGACAAAGACACCAGUCUGGCCUUAGAGACCCUGUGUUCACCUGCACAGACAAACAGCACAGGCACACCACUGUGCAGCGGCCAUGGGAGCUGUGUGUGUGGCCAAUGUAUCUGCUGGGGCCAACACAGGGGCCAACACUGCCAGUGUGACGACAUUAGCUGUAACCGUCACAACAACAUGAUCUGUGGCGGUAAUGGUAGGUGUGACUGUGGUAACUGUGAGUGUUUCCACAACUACACAGGCCCUGCAUGUGGAUGCUCUAUCCUCACAGAUCAGUGCCAGACCAGUAACGAUGGAAUCUGCUCUCACCGAGGACAGUGUGAAUGUAAUGAAUGCCAUUGUCACCCUGAUUUCUUUGGCAGCCACUGCACCAAGCCCCUGGCACCAUGUGACACAUACCGGGCCUGUGUUGCUUGCAUGUUACAAGAGUCAGCCAUAAACGUGUGUCACCAUCCCUGUGGCUCUGCCAAGCCUAUCCGCAUCAAUGGGACUCAAUCAUUCACCUGUCAGGAUGAUACUGUACGUUUUAAUGUGGAACUCAUCAUAAAUACUGGUGACAUCUUUGUCUACUACACAGAUACUCCAAGAGGGAUUGACCCAUGGAUUAUAAACAUGGGGAAGGCAGUGGUAGGAAUCGUUUUACUGGGUGUCAUCAUGAUAAUAAUUUACCGGCUGAUGUUAGAAGUGUCCUACCAGCGGGAGCGUAGAAGGUUCCUGAAGGAUAAGGAAAAUAUCUGCUGGGAAGACACUCAAAAUCCACUGUUCCAAGAGGCCAAGACAACAUUCACCCACCCCAUGCAUGUGUUGGAGCCAGAUGCAGAUUGUGCUACAUCAUCCGUUGGAAAAUAAAACAAAUGUGAUGUGGUCUAUUAUGGCUCAGCUGAAUUGUUGUAGGAUAUAUGAUACUUGGUGGGAUUUUUAUGUGGCUGAAGAUUUUUUGUUUAUUAAAUGUACAUGUGAAAGAACCCACGGAAAGUGGUGUUCUACUUUGUGUAUGAAUAGUAGCUUUCAUAAUCCUGCCAAAAUGUAGAACAUCACAUCACACUAUAUCCAGUGAUCCUCUGAUAUGAAAUCAAUGGUUUAGAAACGUUAUAGCUACUCCCCCAAAAUGUGUUGCCAUUCUUUGAUAAAACGUACAAAAUGUAUUGUAGCCUACAAUAAAAGUACAGUAUUUCAAG